AUGCGACUAAAACUUCCCAUGUCCAUGUCGCGUUUGCAUGACGUAUUCAACGUAGACCGACUCAAGCAUUACAAGCACAAUGAUCCCAAAUUUGCAUCACGACCAAUUCCCAAAGCAACACCCGUCAUCCUCGAUGACGCUACCGACGACGAACUUUAUAUUUUCGAGAAACUCCUGAAGAAAAGAACGUUCAACCGUCAACUCGAGUUCUUAGUCAAAUGGCAUGGACUACCGGAAAGCGAAGCAACAUGGGUACUCGCCAAAAACAUCAAACAUGUAAUCCACUUCAAGCAACUCCUACAAGAUCUCCACCGCCAAAAAUCACAGCGACAGCGCGACAUCCAGGGGAGAAUGUAG